AUGAGCGAUAUCUCUUUUACUAUUUCACAAAACAUCAAGGAUGAACUUUAAUUAGUAAUAUUACUCACUGUUUAUUUUACGUUACAGUACCAAACCGAUUAAGUAAUCGCUAAAUAUUUCUAUGAAAAGUUGAAUAAUCAAACGAUGAAUCCUUAAUUCAGCAGCUAUGUUUCCUUUGUUAAUGUAGAUGCAACCAAGUAAUCAUUAUUACAAGGUGACUACCCUCAGGAUAAAUCAAAAUAAGAUUGGUUCUAUACACACUUUGACUGA